CUCGCCCAUGGCACAUUGAACGUCAAAAUAUCAUAGUAAGGGGCCUUGGAUCUCAGACAAUCCCUUAUAGAGGUGCAUAUGCUUCGUGUAUAGCAGGCUGCGGCUGGAUUCCUGACCUUUUCACUACACCGCCUCUUCGUGCUACUGAACAUGCGAAGCCACAUUGGCCCAUGGAGGACUGCUGCCAAUGGCCACCUAACUCCCGAUGCCAACGGUGACGCGAAAACUGAUUAUUCAAGAUGGAGAUUGCUCGAUGACCGUGGCCGUCAGACCUGGCAUUAUCUAGAAUCCGAUGAGGAAAAUCUUGCAUGGCCCCAAUCCGUUGCUGAUAAGUAUCACCUUGGCCUGGACACGGGCCUCCCAGAGCUUCCACCUGCCAAAACCCCACUGCAAGCAGCUGAAAAUGGCUUGCAUUUCUUCUCAAAGUUGCAGCUCCCUCCGGGAAACUGGGCCUGCGAGUAUGGAGGUCCGAUGUUUCUGCUUCCAGGAAUCAUCAUCACUUACUAUGUGACAAAUACGCCGAUUCCUCCCGAAUAUGCAACGGAGAUUAGAAGAUACCUCUUUGCCCGCCAGAACCCCAAAGAUGGUGGCUGGGGUUUGCACAUCGAAGCUCACAGCUCUGUAUUUGGAACAUGCAUGAACUAUAUCACGUUGCGACUGCUGGGUGUGAGUGAGGAUGAUCCUCGCAUGAUCAAAGCUCGUGGACUUUUGCAUAAAUUUGGUGGAGCCAUAUACGGACCGCAUUGGGCCAAGUUCUGGCUUAGUGUCCUUGGUGUCAUGGACUGGAGUUGCGUCAAUCCAGUUCCCCCUGAGUUGUGGCUUCUCCCAGAUUGGGUUCCCUUUGCUCCCUGGCGCUGGUGGAUUCAUAUGCGCCAAGUUUUCCUACCAAUGUCUUAUCUUUGGUCGAAGAAAUUUGUGUAUCCAUUGAAUGAUCUUACCAAGCAGCUCCGGGAAGAGAUCUAUACGCAGCCGUACGACUCUAUAGACUUUGCUAGCCAUCGCGGCUCCAUACACAAAGCCGAUAAUUAUUACCCCAAGACCUGGCUGCUGAAUCUGAUCAAUUUUCUCUUAGUGACCAUUUGGAACCCAUUUCUCCGGUUUGCUGCAUUGGUGAAACGUGCAGAGGAAUGGACUUGGGAACUGAUCCGUAUGGAAGAUGAAAACACAGACUAUGCCGGCCUGGGCCCCGUCAGUAACCCGAUGAACAUGAUUGCUUGUUACAUUCAUGAUGGUCCAGAUAGCUAUUCGGUGCUCCGUCAUAGAGAGCGUCUGAAUGACUACAUGUGGAUGAACAACGAGGGCAUGCUGGCGAAUGGUACCAAUGGUGUGCAGGCAUGGGAUACGUCCUUCAUCACUCAGGCUGUCGUGGUUGCAGGGUUCGCGGAUGACCCCAAAUGGCGGCCUAUGCUCACCAAGGCUCUGGAAUUCCUCGAAGACCAUCAAAUGCGAGAGAAUGUACCGGACCAGGAGAAAUGCUACCGACAGCAUCGGAAGGGCGCUUGGCCAUUUAGCACCAAAACUCAAGGAUACACCGUCAGUGACUGCACGGCGGAGGGUCUAAGGUCUGCCAUUCAAUUGCAAGAAAUGCACAACUUUCCCAAAUUGAUUUCCGUGGAGAGGCUGAAGGAUAGCGUUGACUGUCUACUGCUCAUGCAAAACCCUUCUGGUGGAUUUACCGAGUAUGAGACCACUCGGGGCUCCCCUAAAAUCGAAUGGCUCAAUGCAGCCGAAGUUUUCGGCGGCAUUAUGAUUGGAUAUGACUAUCCUGAAUGUACCACGGCAUCUGUCACGGCACUCUCCUUGUUCAGCAAGUUCUAUCCGGACUACCGUGCUGAUGAUAUCAGAGCCGUCAAAGACAAGGCAGUCAAGUACAUCAAACGUGUACAAAGAGCGGAUGGAAGUUGGUACGGGUCAUGGGGUAUUUGCUUUACUUAUGCUGCUAUGUUCGCUUUGGAGAGCUUGGCCAGUAUUGGCGAAACUUACGAGACAAGCGAAUUUUCUCGCCGUGGCUGUGACUUCCUCCUUUCGAAGCAGAAAGAAGACGGCGGUUGGGGCGAAUCUUACCUCAGUUCUGAGCUACACGUUUAUACGCAACACAAACAGUCACAAGUUGUGCAGACUGCCUGGGCUUGUCUUGCGUUGAUGGAGGCGGGCUACCCACAUAAGGAGCCAUUACAGAAGGCCAUGAAGUUGCUGAUUACGCGACAGCAGCGGAAUGGGGAGUGGUUGCAGGAAGCCAUCGAGGGUGUCUUUAACCAGUCCUGCAUGAUUUCAUAUCCCAAUUACAAGUUCUAUUGGCCCAUCCGAGCCCUGGGGCUUUAUAGCAAGAAAUUCGGCAACGAGGAACUGCUCUAGAUGCACCGCGAGACUUCCGAGAAAUCUGUUAGAAGAACGAAAAGUAUACAAAUGAGACUACAGUUGUUUAUUUAAUGAAUUAUUAGAAUAGUCAUUUACUGAAAUAAAAUGACAUUUUCCCUAUCCGCGAUAAUAAUUUAUGCACCUCUGUACCUUACGAAAAGUGGGAUUCUCACAAGAAGAGUUUAUGACUAUAAUAUGAUCCCCAGUUUGAG